GGCGGAGAGCGUGGGGCGCUCUGCCGCGUUGUCUCAGGCUCGGUGGGCGGUGGCAGAGUAUGUGUGCGCUGCUGUUGCUCUCUUGGGACCCUCUCCCCGGCCAGAAGUUGAAGCCAGCGGCUGCGAGGAGGCGGCAGCUGAGGCGGAGGGCAAGGGCAGCUGGAGACAGGCCGGGCGUCCCUCUCGGAGGCUGAAGAGCCCGGGUUCGUGGGGGCCAUGGCAUCGCUGGCUGAACGAGUGCGGGGCAACGGGCGCAUCGCUGCCGGGCUCCUGCUCAACCUGCUGGUGUCCAUCUGCAUUGUGUUCCUCAACAAAUGGAUCUAUGUGCACUACGGCUUCCCCAACAUGACCCUGACCCUGGUACACUUUGUGGUCACCUGGCUGGGCUUGUACAUCUGCCAGAAGCUGGACAUCUUUGCGCCCAAAAGUCUGCCGCCUUCUAAGCUCCUCCUCCUGGCCCUCAGCUUCUGUGGCUUCGUGGUCUUCACCAACCUCUCUCUGCAGAACAACACCAUAGGCACCUAUCAGCUGGCCAAGGCCAUGACCACGCCGGUGAUCAUAGUCAUCCAGACCCUCUGCUACAAGAAAACCUUCUCUACCAAAAUACAGCUCACGCUGAUUCCUAUAACUUUAGGUGUAAUCCUAAAUUCUUAUUACGAUGUGAAGUUUAAUUUCCUUGGAAUGGUGUUUGCUGCUCUUGGUGUUUUAGUUACAUCUCUUUAUCAAGUGUGGGUAGGAGCCAAACAGCAUGAGUUGCAAGUGAACUCGAUGCAGCUGCUGUAUUACCAGGCCCCGAUGUCCUCUGCCAUGUUGCUGGUCGCCGUGCCCUUCUUUGAACCAUUGUUUGGAGAAGGAGGUCUGUUUGGUCCCUGGUCAGUUUCUGCUUUGCUUAUGGUGCUGCUCUCUGGAGUAAUAGCUUUCAUGGUGAACUUAUCAAUUUAUUGGAUCAUUGGGAACACUUCACCAGUCACCUAUAACAUGUUUGGACACUUCAAGUUCUGCAUUACUUUAUUUGGAGGAUAUGUUUUAUUUAAAGAUCCACUGUCAAUGAAUCAGGGUCUUGGCAUGUUAUGUACAUUAUUUGGUAUUCUCGCCUAUACCCAUUUUAAACUCAGUGAACAGGAAGGAAGUAAGAGUAAAUUGGUACAGCGUCCUUAAUUGGGUUUUGUGGAGCAAGGAAAGUCACCCCAAGAAGAUUACAAGAUGUUAAGUGUGCAAGUUGCUUUCAAAUAAGAAAAAAAAUUACAUUGCAAGGUUCAUUGAAUGGUAGUUGACAAGAAAGAACACAAAGGAAAUCAUAUUCAUAAAUGACUUUUUCUUUCAAAAAGAGUACCUUCUUUCAAAAACUUAAUUCUCUAAAACAGUGGUUCAUGUUUCUUUUCAAAGACGAUUGUACGAAGUAUAUAGGAUGGUUUGGUUAUACCAAAUGAAGUACAUGAAAUGAAAGUUCUAUAAUAGUGACAAAGAACUUCACAUCACUGAGCUACAAAUUUGUCAUGGUUUUUAAGUAUUUGACUCUUCCAAGGAGGGACACAUAGGACUCCUCUACUUGCUCGUAGGUGGUCCCCAAUGGGAACUCUAUUAUAAUUUUGGCCAAAGUGUUCAAGUCAGAAUGUAAAUCUAUCAUUCCUAUUUUAGUUGGUGUAGUAUAACUUCCUUCUUAUUUCAUUUAUACAAAUGAAAUGUAAUUUGUAGGAAGCAACUGUAGUAAAGAAGACCAUAAGACAAAAAUCCAACUCCAAUAGUACCAUUCUUCUAGUAAAAAAUUGAUGAAAUUGAUGUAAGAAGUUAUACGUUAUCCAAAUCCUACAGUUUCUACAGGUAUUCUCUUGUUUUUGAGAUCUCAGUGAACUCUUGAAAUUACACAUGAAGUUAAAAAAAUAAUACACUUGUAGCUUCAUAUUUAAAUGACCCAAGAAAAGACCAUAGAUGGAAUUGAACAGGUUUUGUAUUGUCUUGGUAAGUGUCCCCUGGCCUCUGAGCCUUUCAUGUUGGUAAUCUGAACUCCACUUUCCUACGCCCCACACCUGAGGCAUGUGUGGAGCUUUCUUUGUCAUGGGAGGAUAUGGACGUGUCCAGCCUUUCUGAGGUGGCUGAGGAAAAUUCUUAUGCAACAAGGCAGGCCAAAUGCUCAAAUGCUAUCCAAACACUAAGCAGAGACUUGCUGAAAAUGUUAGGAAAGAUUUAAAGGAGGAGUAUAAUAGAAAAGUGGUCAAUAUUAAACUAGUUUCAUGAGUUUUUUAAAAAAUACUUUUUUAAAAUUAGGGUAUAGGGGAAACACAUGGUUUCCACUUAAGGAAAUAUAUAGUGCCACAUAUUUAAUUGCAAAAUGUAUGUCUGCCUUCCAGCCUCUUGACAUUAAAGCAUCCAAAGCAUUUGUUGAUAACCUCUCACCAUAAAUUGACUGAGACAGAUAAAUCCUCUUGUAGUAAAUAGUUCUUUUUUAAUAAAUGUUAUUUAUAAAUUUUAAAUGAGAAACAACUCUUAAGAGGACAAAAAGCUACGUGUAUAAAAUACAUCUUUUAGGAUUUUUUUUCCCCUGACCUUUUUAAAAUGAAAGCCUCAUGGAAAAUCUAUUUUGACAGAAUUUCAAUGUAUCAGUCAGCCUGUUGUAUGAUUAGUAUGUGUGAUUUUCUGAUUUUGUUUUAAAUAUUCUUUGGUUCUUCUCAGUUUCCAAGGAUAUAUUUUAUUGUGCUAAGAAGUACAAAACAAUUUGUCUUACCAAGUGAGCCUCAGGCAUUGUUUGACUAAUAAUGUUCUCUGUGUAUGUUUAAAUUAACAUAUAAUUAUUUCUCAAAAGCUGAAGAAAAGUAUUUCAGCACAAUAAGGAUUAUGUGACUUCUGUGCACUAACAGCUAAGUUGAUUUGUGCCAUGUACAAUUUCUUUUUAACUGUAAAUACAACUUGGGGAGGGUUAUAAUAAAUGACUGAUGCCAAUAGGAAUGCAGUGAGAAGGUUGGAGAAAAGGAAAGUCCUGUGGGGGAAGAAUGUACCAGAUGACCAGUCCCAGCCACAGAGACUAGAAACACGUGCUGUGGAAGAGCACACACUGUCCUUUUGUUACAGAUGUAACUGCACUUGUUUUUAUUCUAUGUUAAAUGACUGAACUUCAGUUUUUACCUGUUACAAAUAAAGAGAACCUGAUGCUUUUA